AUGAGUGAGACUGUUGCUGAACCAAAGCUUGUUGCUGCCCCUGUAGUAAUUCCACCACAUCCGGACGUUACGAGAGUGCUAGGUAAUAUAUACAUAAGUGGGAUCCAGCCCAUUGUCGAUCAUGCCCCAUUAAAAGCUCAGCAUAACAUAACGCAUAUUCUUUCGGUGAUGAAGUUUAACGUUAUCCCAGAAUAUUUGAUCAGGAAAGGUUAUACUUUGAAGAACAUUCCAAUUGAUGAUUUAGAGACAGAGGAUAUUUUAAAAUAUUUAAAUGAAACCAACAAAUAUAUUGAUCAAUGUCUUUUCCCCAAUGAACCAGAAUACUCACCUGAUAAAGUUGAUUUCAAAAAAAAGAAACAAGGGGAUGCCGUGUUGAUACAUUGUCAAGCGGGGUCCUCUCGUUCUGUAGCAUUUGCAGUGGCAUAUUUGAUGUAUAGAUAUAAAUUACCAUUAAAGGUGGCUUUACAUGCUGUGAAGAGGAAAAGAUCGCUAGCAGAACCAAAUCCAGGUUUCCUUACACAGUUGCAACUUUUCGAAGAGAAAAUUGGUUCUUCAGAUUUGGAUAUUGUAUCUAAUAAAUUUUAUAAGCAAUGGGCAUUGGAAAAUUCUCUUCAUUCGGAUCCUACUGGUGCUAAUAUUCUGUCAAAUGAUAAAACGUUCAGAGAGACAAAAAGUGAAGAUGGCGAUCUUGAUAAAUUGGAUGCAGAUGAAUUAUAUAGUGUCACUGCAAUAAGAUGUAAAAAAUGUAGGUAUCGGUUGGCACUUUCAACAAGUUUCAUAGAUCAUGAGCCUCCGAGUAAAGAGUCUUCAGAAGGUCACUUCAUUAGGAGGGCUGCUAACUCACAUAGAAUUAUUGAUAUCCAAGAAUCUCAGUCAAUCUGCUCCCAUUUUUUUGUCGAACCAUUGGAUUGGAUGAAAAAAGAAUUACAAGGCAAACAGGAAUUAGAAGGCAAAUUCUCCUGUCCUGGUUGUGAAACGAAAGUUGGUGGUUACAAUUGGAAAGGCUCUAGAUGUUCCUGUGGGAAAUGGGUCAUUCCUGCCAUUCAUUUACAAUCUAAUAAGGUUGAUCAAUUUCCUUUAAGCAAGCAAGUAUUGCCUAACAUGGUUAAUUUCAAAUCAACCAAAUAG